AUGCGGCAACCAUGCGAGCACAACUAUACUUAUGCACCGAAUCUAAUCCCCGACUCAGCACUUUCAGUCUGCGCAGUCUGCAUCACAGAGGCUCGCAUUGGUGAAGUAAAGUUCGCGACAUUUGCGUUAGCUCGCCGCGGUGGUAUCUUCGAAUCCUCAAAAGCAGGGCCAGAGCUACGUACGAAUGGUAUCGAUGAUCUAGGCUGGAUGUCACACAAGGAUUGCACCGGUCGGUGGAAGAGGGCAAAACUCGAUUGUUGGAGACUUGUUGCGACCCUGGAGAAUCUACGAGAUGAACACUUCGACAUGGCUGAGGAGUGGGGAGUCGACGAGGCACUAUAUCUCUGGGAACUAGCAAGAGACGAAUGUUGGAAGGUGCCUGGCUGUCAAUAUUUAGAAUACCCCGGUUCGAAAGAGGUGAAAUUGACAUCACGAUCGCCGGUGAUAGAGACUGUCUCGGAGCCUACGCCCCAGGAAGAAGAAGAUUCUGAUGGUAGUUGGGAAAAGGUCAAGCGCAGGUGGAAGAGGAGGUCUCAACAGAUCUCAUUUUCAGACGACAACGAACCGCUAGAUGUCGAUCAGAUGAAUCUAAAAGAGAUGGAAGGAGUCAACAAUAGGCUAGCAGAUGCAAGGUCGACACCCAGGAACCGCUUCGACAAGAUCGUCAAAACCAGUAGAAGCGCCACCACAGUAGCUGUCGCACAAGCCGUGAGCAGGUCUAAAGGCUUACUCCAAGGGGACACAAAACAAGUAAGGAUAUCUCUUUCGCUGCCUCUAGUCAACUUAGCGGCUGAUUUUCUACAACAGUCCGCUUCUCCCCCUCGCAAAUCAGUCAGUAUCGACGCGCAAGCCACCAUCCUCCCUUGCGAUUACACUCCAGCUACGACGAUGUCACACCAUGAGCACACCGUCAUAGAGCGGAGCCGCACGCGCCCCACUUACAGUCGAAGCUCCCGUUUCUACACGCCAUCAUGUUGGGCGAGUCCAGAGGGCUACGAGAAAGAUGACACCAGUCUUUCCAAGAGCUCUUGGGCGACUGUUGACCAGCUCCAGAGGGAGUUUGCGGGUCUGGAAGUAGACUCCGAGAAAAAAGAAGAGGUGCUUACUGAAAGAGCUGAGGAAGCUGCUGCCGAGCAAGACAACAAGGCUAACUUGAGGAAAGUAAAAGACAAGGCCUUUCGCGCACGGCGACCGCCAUGGCAAGGAGAGAGGCUCUUUCAUGAUAGCUGGCAGGGUGCUGAGCUUCUUCACAUGAGAGACUACUUCAAGAAGGCGCUCGCAGAGGAUGCAAACUUGUCAUCGCUGAGUCAAUCGCACCGCAAGGCAUUGACGAGGGGUCUUCAUGACUGCGGUAGUGCUUUGAUGCGCGAGGAGAAGCAGAAGGAGAAGAAAUGGGUGGAUGCGGAGAGUGAACGAUAG